UGAUAUAUGACAACUGUGUUGCCAACGUCGUUGCAGCCGGAAACAAGAAAUACUAUGUCUUUUCAAAAGAGCAAAUCGACGAAGAGAUGGAAAAGGUCUUUCACUUAUCGCAAUUUGGCUCAAAGAAAUGGACGGACAAACGGUUUGAGAAUACUUUCAACCAUUUGCUCCAUCAAGUCGACCCGCGAUUCAAAACAAAAGCCAAAAUAAAAUUAGAGCCUAUGGGUCGCAAACCUGAUGGUUCGGUGAAGCCCCCGAGAUUGCUGAUCGCUGACGGGGAUCACGGCCAGAUCAUGUCUUUACUGGUGAUCGCGAUAUUUGAGAGACUUCUCUUCAAGAAGUACCACACGAGGAGUAUAAAGGGCCGCUCACGGCAUAAGGCCCUGCAAGACGUUGCGGAUUACCUUCGGCCAAGCAAGAAGCACGUUGGCUCGACUUUGUCAGGGCCAAAAGCACCAAUGGUCGAGGGCGAUGGCUCAGCCUGGGAUUCAUGUUGCUCCAAGGAGUUGCGUGAUAUGGUUGAGAGCCCCGUCUUGAGGCACAUCACAACACGUUUGCUUGAAUAUUAUAUGGUGCCGCCUCAGUGGGAAAAAGAGCACUCGCAGAUGAACACUGUCGACAGAUACAAUCUUGAGUUCAAGGAUAAGCUCAUGACGUACUUCAUCCAACUCAAGGCAAUCAGACGGCAGGAUUCGUGCAAAGGUAUUGACGGCAAGAACUUGUGGAUACGAAUAGUGCUGGAGGGCGAUGACUCUCUGGCUCGUAUUUGCCGUCCCUUCGGUGACGUCGCCGAGGAUGAACGCACCGUGUACUUCCUGCACUUCUGGAAAAGAAUGGGGUUUGACAUGAAGAUCAGAAGAUGUGGAGUCAGUCCCGAUCAGAAACCAUAUGCCGAAUUUGUCGGGACACACUUUCUUCUUGAUGAACAGCUUGAUCUUGAGGGCACUUACGUGCCCGACCUGGUUCGAAACCUUAGCAACAAUUGGUCCACGACCCCAGGCAUGCUACAGGCGUUUGAGCAGGGUAAGUUCCACAUUGUGAGGCAGAACGCUGCAGCGGCAGCAUUAGCUAGGGCAGUGGGUUACGCUGGCAUACUCCCGCUUUUAUCGCUCAAAUACGUGCAAUAUGCCAACCAGUGCUAUGCCAGCAAUUUCAACAACGACGACCUCUCUUAUCUUGCAUCUGGCGAGAUUGGAACUUCAUCCCAUGCUGUGAUUGAGAAAGUACAACGCAUGAAUUGUGGAGUGGACAUUUUGACUUCAGAGCGAGCGAAGAGUGCAGAGGAUGCUGACAAGCCUCCCACCACUCUACUACGGGGACGACCUGAGAACAACGAGUACGACAUGCUUUGGAGAAUGUACGGCACUAGCGUGGACGCCUAUGAAGCAUUGCUGAAUUACCUUUCCAGUAUGGCAACUUCAUACCGUGUGAUCAGUAUGCCACUGUGA